GUAGACGUCAUCAUCCGGCGACAAAUGUGUUUUUGCUGCCCUUACCACUACAGCUUCUGUCGAGCUCAAGCUUCUCAAGACAGUCGUUAACUGCUGUUUCUGAGCCCAGAUGACAGCCUCCACUCGCAGGACCGUCCUGAACCUGUACAUGCGAGUGUUCCGCAUCGCUCGAACAUGGCAGGCACAGAGUGGAGUUGCUGGUGACACAGAGACAGAGAGAAAAUACAUCCUUCAAGAGGCACGCACACUGUUCAGACAGAACCAACAGCUCACAGAUCAAGAAUCAAUAAAGAAGUGUAUAGAAGAAUGUGAAGCAAGGAUAGAAAUAGGUCUACAUUACAGGAACCCAUAUCCAAGAGCUACAUAUCUUCCACCACUGGGACUGGCGACUCAGAAAGGCAGGAAGCUGCGAGCACAGCAGCGCCUGAGGAAGCAAGCCAAGCCAAUUUACUUACAGUCACAUGACGAGACCUGAUGCACUCCUUGCAAGAGUUCAAGUUACCAAGGACAGGAAACCAGAGUGCAUCCACAAGCUGAUCUGUUGCAAGCACUCAAUGAUGCAAGAGCAAACCGUCAUUCAUGAAGAAACACUUUGCACUGUUAUUUUUCUCUGUUAACUGUGUAAUACAUGAGCUCUAACUGUUCCUGGAGAGUGUUGGCCUCUGCUUCAGAAGCCUGUCAUUGUGGAAUGGCCUGUAAUAUACGAUAAAAUUGUAUAUUUUAUUUAUUUUUCUCUUAAUGUUGUACAAUAUAUCCCAUUUUGUUAUGCCAUGUAGGGGUUAAGACGGGUGUUUGAUUUGUGUUAAAAUGGAGAUAUACAAUGAUUUUAACUAUUUGUUAUAAGCAACUGAACUUCAACAUGAAGAUGCUAAUAAAGUUGUAUUAAGAACACUU